UUUACAGUCAUCUUGUAGUCGCCUCCUUUCUUGAGAUCAAAAAAUGAUGCGGAAUAUUCCUUAGCUUCGAUUAAAGGAUGGAUUUAAGCUCAAGAACAGCCCCUACUCAAUUUCCACCCAUGAUUUCCUUGCAUAUCCUCCAACAUUUACAUCUACAUUUGGUGGUAAUUCAGCCAUCCUUUUCUCCAUUCUGAUCUUUUCAUCCCCAACAAAAACUUGCUGGAGGAGUUGGUAUGAAAAUUAGAGCCCUAUACUCUCUUUAAUCUGCACAGAUAACGCUGUUGUUCCACAAGGUCCUAUCCUCUUCUCAAUUUACAUUCAUGAUUUCCCUCAAACAUAUCUUUAACUCUCUCUCUCUCUCUCUCUCUCUCUCAUUGUUAAUUGUAAGAGAGAUUGUUCGGGAUGUAAAUUUGUGAGAUUUUUUAAAUAAAAUCAUAUUCAUUUAUUUAUUCGUUCAUUUUCUCUUUUUAUCGACCCAAUUCCAGCAGUCAGCUUAACCAUGUUUAUACGAGGGAUAAUAUUGUUUGUAAAAUGUAUUUAUUAAUUUAAUUAAUAAAUUUUAUUACUAUUAAAUUUUUUUUUCAAAUUGCACUUCAUUUUAUAUCGGCUUGGUCUAUCAGAUGUGUUUUGGCAUUUUCAGAGUGUCAGUGUGCCAAAACUCAUAUCCAGCGAAAUAAUUGAUAAAGAACAAAUUAAAUUUAUUUUUAACAUAAAUUAUUAUGCCAAUUUCCCUAAAUUUGCAGGUUUGCACAAACAAAAUCCUUUUCGGAAUGUCUGACACGUCCUGAAUAUUUUUUUAAAAAUCUUCUAUGAUAAUACCACCUAAUUUUCCAUUAGAACUUGAGAUGAUUUUGUCAUUUAAGCACUUUUUGAUUUAUAAAACGAAAGCAAGUUUUUGCAAAUAAGUUUUUAUCACUGGACCUUAAAAGUAAAAAAAUAAAAUUCCCAUUAUGAAUUGUUACAAAAGGGAAUCAUGAUUGCACAAUUUUCCUUUGUGUGUGUGUAAUAUAAGUAAUAAUUUGUUAAUAUAUUAUUAUUUAUUGUUAUUUUAAAUAAUUUUUUAAAUAGAACAAUGUAGGGGGAAAUUGGCUCUUAACAAAAUGGACAUUUUGUCUCUAGUCUACCAACAUACAAUUAUAACUAAAAACCCCAAAUCAUCCCAAAGAAAAUUGUUUAAUUUGGCUGAACUAUUAUUGCAAUUAUAAAGAAUUACUUUUUAUUUAUACAAAACAUACAAAAAUUUAUGACUAGUGAAGAAAAAAAAAGAGAGGCGUUGAUUAUUUUCCCUCCCAUAAACUCUUCCAUUGGUUAUCCCAGUUCUUUCAACUCCUUGCUAGUGAAAGUCAGUUGAAUCCCUUUGUAAAGAAAAUGGAUAAUACGCUGUGCACGAGUAACAAAUUGAUUGCUGAGAUGCCACAUCAGGCUGAAAAUAAAUCUAAAGGCGAAAACUUAAAACACAUAUCUGAUCUACCGCUUGAAUUUCAAAAGAUAUUUUCAGGCUUCCAGACCUUCAAUGUUAUUCAGAGCAAAUUAUAUGAUGUUUUGAUGAAUCAAGAUUCUAGUGUAGUUGUAUCAGCUCCAACAGGAUCAGGAAAGACAGUUCUGUUUGAACUUGCUAUUUGUCGAUGUCUGAUCAAAUGGAAAAAUAAUAACACCGACGGUAAAAUCGUGUACAUGGCACCUGUAAGAGCAUUGUGUUCUGAAAGGAUGGUCGAUUGGAAGAAAAAAUUCCAUUUUCACGGACUGAACAUCCUUGAAAUCACAGGGGACUCGAAUGAAAAGAUGAAUUUGCAAAUGAUCCAGAGUUACAAUCUGAUUCUGACAACACCUGAGAAGUGGGACUCUAUGACAAGAAGAUGGCGUGACCACAGUGCUUCCAUCCAGGACAUCAGACUGUUUCUGAUUGAUGAAGUGCAUUUACUAAAUGAUGAUAAAAGAGGGCCAACUUUAGAAGCAGUUGUUUCAAGAAUGAAAACCAUUCAAGUACCUAAUGGGCAAAGUAUUCGGUUCAUAGCUGUUUCUGCGACAAUACCAAACAUUGAAGACUUUUCUGCUUGGCUAAGCACAAAUGAAAAACCUGCAAUAUUUUAUAAGUUUGGAGAAGAACUCAGGCCAGUGACAUUGAAUAAAGUCAUUUUGGGUUAUCCUUGCAAAGAUUCAAGUUACAAAUUCGACCUGAACUUGAACUACCGGCUGAAACAAGUGAUCCGGGAUUACUCUCACGGGAAACCAACACUGAUAUUUUGCAGCACGAGAAAAGGAGUCAUGCAGACAAGCAGCACAUUGCUGCAAGAGUUAGCAUACCAUUUCACCGAAGAGCAGAAAAAAAUACUGGACGAUUGUUCGGAAAAUAUUCUAGACAAGAAAUUGCAAGAAAUGAUCAGGCGAGGACUGGGCUAUCAUCAUGCAGGUCUUACUUCUGCAGACAGAGCCAAAAUUGAAGACCUUUUCAGAUCCGGAAGCUUGCCUAUUCUCAUAUCAACAAGCACACUUGCCAUGGGAGUAAAUUUACCAGCACAUUUGGUUAUUAUUAAAUCGACGGAGUACUAUGUCGGAGGACAAUGGGUAGAAUAUGGGGAAGGACAGUUGUUACAGAUGAUGGGGCGAGCAGGAAGGCCACAGUACGAUACAACUGCAACCGCAGUUAUCAUGACAAAAGAAAAUCUUAAGGAGAAAUAUGAAAGAUUAGCUUCAGGCAAGGAUACCAUUGAGAGCAACUUGCACAAGCACCUUAUUGAGUUUCUCAACUGUGAAAUAGUGCUAAGGACCAUCACCGAUGUUGCUGUUGCCAUGCAGUGGAUCAAAUCGACUUUCCUAUACAUCAGGGUGCUUAAAAACCCAAUGUACUAUGGAAUUCCCAAAGGUCUUACAGACCAGGGAAUCGAAGCGAAACUACAAGCUCUUUGCUUGCGCGAAUUGCACGCCCUUGAGAAAAAUGAACUUCUAGUCAAAUCGGAUUUUGCUUACAACUUAGUUUCAACUGAAAAUGGCAAAGUCAUGGCGAGGAACUACAUCGCCUUCGAAACAAUGAAAGUCUUUAUGAAGGUAAAAGGAGAAGAAAAUCUUAAGGAACUGUUGAACCUUAUCUGCGAAUGUCAAGAAUAUCAAGACAUCCAGCUGCGCAUGAAUGAGAGAAGUGUGUUGAACCUUUUAAAUAAGAACAAACUCAGUGACACUAUCCGAUUUCCCAUCGAAGGAAAAAUAAAAACAAAACUAUUAAAAGUCAAUUGUUUAAUCCAAGCAGUUCUUGGGUCAAUACACAUUCCUGAUCCCUCGUUAAACCGUGAAGCAAGUGAAAUAAUGAGAAUCACCGAAAGACUUUUGAAAGGUUUGACUCAAUACCUCUGGCAGAAAAAUCACUUCCGUGCUUUAUUUUCGGCUCUUAUUCUUUACAAGUGUGCUACCUGCAAAUUAUGGGAAAAUUCCAGAUUUCUGACAAAGCAACUGCCCGGGAUCGGACCUGCGCUUAGUUCAUUGUUGGCAUCCGCGUCGAAAACGACAUUUCAAGCUGUACUCGAUUCAAACCCGAGGGAUCUCGAAAGGAUAAUAAACAGGCAGCCACCAAUGGGCAACCACUUGCAAGAAGUGGUCCAGAGGCUGCCGAUAUACAACAUUAACAUGAAUUUAAAGAGGUACAAGAAACGUAUCGAGAUCUGCGUAUGCAUUUCCAACGCUACCGAAGUGCAAUAUGGCAACACACUGCAUUGCUCAAGCCUACUCGUUGCUACUCAAGACAACAGACUUCUUAAAAAGGAAAAACUAUGUGAUCAAGCGAUACUCUCUCAAGGAGGAGAAAUCUCAUCUAGUAUAUACAUUGACGAUUUUAGCAUAAAUGAAGUCUAUGCUUAUAUGAUUAGUGAAACAAUUGUCGGCAUUGAUGUAAAGGCAACAUUAAACUUGCAUACAAAUCAGUGCAUACAAGUAGAACCGUAUAAUGGUUUUCAAGCUGAAAAUGAAACCAAAAAACAAAAACCUUCCAAGAAAGCAAAUAAACCACCAGCGAAUAAAAAAAAUUUAUUAGAUUACCAAUUUGUCCCAAGAAAAGUCCUUCAGUCAAACGUAAAAGAGGAGUCUGUUUCAAAAUAUUUCAAAUCUCAAAAGCUUAAAAUAAACAAUAAAUCUGAGAAAGAAAAUGAAACAAGCGAUAAUCUUAUUUGUCCGAUAAAGUUUUCAAAACUUACUGUCCAAACUAAACCGCAAAAAACAAACAGCACACGAGAGUCUGAUAUUUGUAAUGCCAUUGAAGAAACAAAAUUAGAUAACUUUAUAUUGGACGAAUUUCCUCUAGCUAGCCCAGAGACAGAAGACUUGGCUACAGAAAUUGCCAAGGAGAAAUUUCCCAUGAGCGAAGAAGAUGAAAAUGAAUCAAAUUUCAGUGAAGAAAUGUUUCUUAUCGAUUAUGAAAAAGAAGAUGAAUUAAAAAAUAAUCAACAAGAUAGUGACAAGAAUGAAAAUGUGAGAAAGGAUAAAAGUCCGCAAAAAGAGGGAAGCAAUGGGAACAACAGUAUGGACAUUUGCUUCCGUCUUCUUGAAAACAAUUCUUCAGAAGAUAAUUCCAAUUCUGACAAGACUAUCAUCAUUGAUGGCAUGAGCUUGAACAAACAAGGGAUAAAAAAUUUAUCCCAACCACCUACGAAGAAUUCAGACAGUCAAAAUGGAUUUGAUAUUGAUGAGCUGUUCAAUUCACAAAAUUUAACCAGCAGUCAAAGCCAAAUUUCUGAAGCAUUAAGUCAAAAUUUAAUACAUCCGAAUGUAUGUAAUGAAACAAUAGAUAAGAAAUUGUUCUCUUAUAAUGAUAUAAGCUCUCCACAGAAUCAUUCUCCAGCAAAUGAAAAUUAUUAUAGUGAAGCCAACUUACACCAAUUGGACCCAAAUGUAGAAAGAAGUUUGCAGUAUUUUUCUUCUCAAGCCCAGGAGUUUGAAGAGUUCAAAAAAUAUAUGCUUGUCAAUGUCUUCAAAUGGAACAACCUGCCGUCUGCCAGAGGUAAUUUAUCAUGUCAAAGUAAUAAUCAAGAAAGCAGACCAGUACAAACGAAUCAGCGGAUGAAUGAUUUUAAAGUGAAAAACCAAUUAGAGAGAGCCAGCUACCCAAACUUGUACAAUGAGAACAAUUUUGCAAAUGACAGUCAUGGACAAACGCUACCUCAAAAGAAUACAAGAAUUCCACUUUUUCCGUUAACUGACCACAACAAUAAGUUGAACAGUAUAAAAUUAAGAUCUGAAUAUAAUUUUAACAAUUUGAAUGAGAAUUGUAUUAAAUUUUUCAAUAGUCAAGACUCUGGUUUGUCUCAAUGGACAAAUAACAGCCAGAUGCAUAUAAGGUCAAGUAAUCAACCUCUUUAUAUGGUUAAUUACAAUGAUACUGAAGCAAGGCCGUUUUGUGAAAGAACUGUAGCUGAAACACCAGAACCAAAAAGUAGUGGAUACAAUUCAUUGGUCGACGAAUGCUCACUUUUGUUUCCAAGCCAAGGCUCAGUGCAUCUUCAAGCAACUUGCAGCCAAAGUUUUGAAAAGAAAUUCACCGACUGUUCGACAAAUUUUUCCCGAUCAAGCCCUAGAUUAAAAGACCCUUUCGGCCGACCUGGUUCGAACCAUUUGAAGAAAAUACGAUUGGAAAAUCGUCCUUAUCCUGAGAAGACAUUCAACCCAACCAAUUUAAUGCGCUUUGAAGAGAACAUGUUUUUGAGUUCACAGCAGUGCCGACAUGUCGCAGACACACCAGGCACCAGUCAACAGGGUGAUGAUUUCCAAUUCAAAACGGGCCACACAAAACUUCCGACAAAUCUAAUUUUAAGGGAUGGCAAGAAGAUACAAAAAGUUUCACCUUCGCCUUCCAACGUCAGCACAAAUUUAUCAAGCUUGUUGCAUGGCAAUGAUCAGCUAAAUAUGUUAUUUGAAAGAGAAAAACACCGAUUAUAAUGAUCCUACUUAAAUGUGUUAAUUUCCAUACUGAGAAUUUAGGCUUAUUUUCUUUGUUCUAAUUGAGAAUUGCCACUAUUGAAUAGAUUGUUUUCCAAAUAAAUAAUUAUUAUGUUACUUCAUGUCUUAAAAUAUUAUUUUCAGUACUAUGCUUGAUAGUUUAUAUCAGCAUUCAUUAAGUUGAUGCUAGGAAUAAUCAUGUUGUAUGUAUAGACAUAGGCAAAUAGGCAGAGAGACUUGCAUAUACAUAGAUGUAUAAAGAUUUAGAUCAAUUAACACAUAUAAAUGUAAACAUGUAAAAAAAAAUCUAAAACUGAGGCAUAGGUAAGU